AUGAUCGAGUUCUGGAGCCGCCUCAGAGCCGUAAUAUCUGCCAACUGUCACUCAGUCGUGCUUGACGCCCUUGACCGCCUGGUCCUUCGGCUUCUCGCUGGCGAUACUUCGCAGGCCCCGUUGGACAGCGCUGCUCUCAUCCUACCUUCCCCAGAUAGCAUGUCCGCCGGCCAGGUCCGAGAGCACUCCGUCUUCCAAACACCGCCACUUCCAGCUAAGAAACAGCGCACUUCCAAGAAGGCAAAGGCCAAACCUCGCUUCGCGUUUGAUCUCCCCACCGGCGUAGACUCCACUAUUGAGCGCGACUUCAAGCGCUUCGUAAAGUUCUCGGAGGGACAGGGAAAGCCGCCGCCACGUAUGGAAGAGCUACCGCGUCUGUUCGGAGGCAGGGCCGCCAAGCACGCCAGCUGGGCUAGCGACGACUCCAAAUUCCCUGCCCAAGAAGACCUCGGUGUCCGUCAUCGCCGCCGUUACGAUCAAGUUAUCGCCAACGCCCUCGAUCCCUUCGAAGUGGACAGCAGCAGCUCCCGGUCCAUCCCGGAACUCCUCGAAAAGAGUCUGGCGAUUGAUCCUACGCGCCCCAAGAACCUGCGACUUUCGGUCAAGGCCCUGGAUCGUGUAGCUUUGGAUGUUUCAGGCAGCAACCCUCCGAAAGAGAGCUGGUUCGGCAAUCGCAACCGUGGUCCAUGGAAGACGCUCCUCUCUAAUCGUUCUCUUCGAGUGACUCAGCCUCCAAGCUCUCCCACCAAGCAUCUAGCGUACUACUUGGGACUCUCAUCCGACGACGAAGACCAGGAGCCAGACGAGGGCCACCCUGGCAGCGACCACGACGACGAAGAAGACAAGGAAAAGGCUCAAGAAGACAUCAACGAAGACGUUGACGACCAAGAUGACGAAGGAGACGACGAUGAGGCUGCUGAAAAUCCCCCUUUCCACCGAUAA